UCAGGAAGUCUAGAGGACAAACUUCAGUACAAGGCAAUAAAAUCCGCUGAAUAGUGACCAUAAAAUUUCAUUAGAAUUCACGUGUCAUUUUCAGAUGACAUUCUGCUGAGGGACAUAUCACCAAUCAUGACGCUCAGAGAUCAUAAAACACAGGAGGUCACCACUUACCGGCCACAGUACGGUGCGGCACGAACCUUCUUUUUGUUGACUGUGAUUGUCCUAAUCUGUGUGCUGUGUUUCAUACACAUUGUGGAGUUUCAGAAAAAGGAAAACCUCACCAUCAUCCCUCCAAGAGCGGUGCCUAAGAAACAUCAUGAUUUUUGCACUGUCCAGCCACUGUCCCCCAAAGAGGAUUUCGAAGAAAAACUCCUACUAGAAUCUAUUGCUUGGCCAGAAACUCCAUCUUUGCCGACUCCUCUUCCCGUGAAGGAAGCCAGUUAUCCGGCUAAGAGCACCUUCACCAUUCUUCCACAGACUGGAGGAGGACAGUGGCAUGUAGGGGACAAGCUGAAGGUGCUGAUCAAAAUGUGUGACUUCCAAGGCCAUCCUAAGAAGUCUGGAGGAGACGUCUUAUUCGCUCGGCUGCACAACCCGACUCUUGGUGCAGGUGUUGCUGGGAAAGUGGAGGAUCAUCUCAAUGGCUCCUACUCUGCUGUUUUCUCUUUAAUCUGGAAAGGAAGCGCAUGGGUUGAGGUGACACUGGUUCACCCCAGCGAGGCCGUCACGGUGCUACGUAGGUUGAACAGUGAACAGCCUGACAGGGUUAAAUUCCAGAGCAUCUUCCGCUCAGGCUCCAUCUCUGAAACUACCAUCUGUAACGUAUUCCUGCGUUCGACCCAACAGCCACUGUGCAACUACACUGACCUCCAUACAGGUGAACCUUGGUUCUGCUUCAAGCCAAAGAAUCUAAACUGUGAUACCAGGAUCAUCCACUCCAUGAGAGAAGUCAAACAAAACCUCAAGGCCAAGGAGGAGAAACUCUUUCAGCUCCGAGUCAACCUGAAAGUCUCAAUUCCAGCUUCAGGACCUGCAAGUGUCACUGUGCUGCCAAGACAGAAAGGUCAAGCAGUGGUGAACAGCAGCAAUAUGGAGUCUGGACCCUCUGGCUAUUACUACAAGGGUGCAUGGCAAACACUAAGUGGCACCAAAGUUCAGCAGUUCAACACCCCCUCAGCCAUCACUCAGUGUCUGAAAGGCAAAGUGGUCCACCUGUAUGGAGACUCCACCAUCAGGCAGUGGUUUGAGUACUUCAAUGGAGCACUACCAGAUCUCAAGGAGUUUGAUCUGCACAGCCAUAAGAAAAAUGGACCUUUCAUGGCCAUGGACUUUGCAAACAACAUCCUGAUGACGUUUCGCUGCCAUGGUCCUCCUUUCCGUUGUGCCCCUGUCCCAAUCAGUGAGUUGCGUUACAUUGCCAAUGAACUAGACACUGUAAUCGGAGGCACCAACACUGUCGUGAUCUUUGGCAUCUGGGCGCACUUUGGCAGUUUCCCAGUGGAGGUCUACAUCCGGCGGUUGCAGACCAUCCGCAGGGCGGUGAUACGCCUGCUGAACAGAUCUCCAGGUACAGUGGUCAUCAUCCGGACAGCAAACCCCAAAGCUUUGCCAUCUAGAGUGAGUCUGGUCAACAGUGACUGGUACUCACUGCAGAAUGACAAAGUACUCAGGGCCAUAUUUAAAGGAUUGAAUGUUCAUCUGGUGGAUGCCUGGGAGAUGGUCCUGGCCCACCACUUACCUCACAACCUCCACCCACAACCUCCUAUAAUUAAGAAUAUGAUCAAUGUUCUCUUGUCCUACAUUUGCCCUAUAAAGAGUGGCUAGGUUACUAGGUUACAAUUAGUUAUUCCUCCACCAAGGAACGCAGCGGAGUUAUGUGACGAUCAGUGUAUGUUUGUUCAUCUGUUAGGCUGUUUGUCUGUCUGUGCGAAACAUUACUCAAAAACAGAAAAAUGAAUUUGGAUGAAAUUUUCAGGAAAGGUCAGAAAUGAGACAAGGACCACCUCAUUAGAUUCUGGCAGUGAUGUGGCUUACAGUCUGGAACCACUGAUUUGUUAAAGAUUUCUAUAUCAUUGAGAGAUAGCGGCACGGCGUCACUGUAACUAUGACAACAAAUGAACACUACAUCAGCUGCCUACUGACGAUUACAUGAUUGCGAUCCUACUACAAAUUCACCACCAUAGUUGUAUCAGGACUUAUCCAUAGGAAAUCAUACAACGGCUGAGCAGCCUUGGUGGAGUAUUGCGCCAUCUGAAUACUUUUCUUGUUAGAGUGCUUCCCUUUGUGGCCAAGUAUUUUUUAAACAUAUGGUUAGAUUUGCAGCAGAUCUGAAGUGCAGUGGUUUCUGAUUUUAUUCCACUUUCAUCAAACAGCUUUUGUAUAUUAUGCAUGCAAAAAUACCCCAGGUUGGAUAAUAAAGAUAACUUAACACAUA